AUGCGGAAAAUUGUGGUAAGGCAGUCUUUAAACAAUGAGUUGGAGCCCGAGCUGGGCUACGAUUAUCAGCCAAAGUCUCCAGCUCUUGGCUAUGAAGCAGAGGAAUUAGACAGCCAUCACAGCACGGAUCAUUAUGAAGACCAUACAGAUUAUCACAAGCAUUUCUACGCAUUUGAAGCACCCUACGACUCGGUCGAUGAGUCUGAGCUGAUAGAGCACAAGAUAUCGGCGCAGUCAAAGAAAAACUUACAGGUGGUGUUCAUCAAGGCGCCCGAGAACAGGGUCGUCGAUAGCGCCCUCCAUGCACUGGCCACACAAACCAACGAGGAUAAAACUGCGAUCUAUGUGCUAAACAAGCAAACUGAUCCCCAUGAAUUGGCAAGCAAACUCAGCGUCCUGCAGACGCAACAUAAACACAAGCCACAAGUUCAUUUUGUCAAAUACAGGACGGAGGAGGAGGCCUUGCAGGCGCAGCAGCACAUUCAGGCGCAGUACGGAGGAGCCACGUCUCAGUCAUUGGAAUCCUUGCAGCAGCCAUCAUUGGGUUACUCGCAGACCACGGAGCCGGCCCCGCAGGCCUACUAUACGGACAAGCAGCCAUUGGCAUCGCACGGUUACUAUCCCCAAGAGCUAUCAGCUGUGCCGCCCGAACCGCAUCCAACCUAUCUUCCUCCCUUGUCCAACUAUGGCAGUUUACCACAGUCCUACGAAGGUGGUGCAGAUCAGGGUCGCCUUGAUUUGCCUCCACUGCCUUUACCAGAGCAGCAGCUGGCACCUAGUCCCUAUGACUUGGAUGCACGCACUGCAAGAUCACGACGCAUCGAUUUUCGAGUCAAUGAAAGACACCGUUCAGACAGUCGCAUGGUGUUUCCCACUGAGAAAUCGUAUCUGCCGUCUGGCUCAAAAAGCUAUCUGACACCUCAGAAGAGCAGAAGACGCGCCCACUUCUAA